ACAGUGCGAGCGUCAACACAAACGCGGGACGACGCCGGUUUCGAGCAUAAUUUUUUAUCUGUGGCACUCAUGUCAAAGCGAAAUGAGGCAUACAAUUUUGGUGACCGCUGUCCUAUCGACCCUGAUGGUGUUAACGGCGUGCCAGUCGGACGAUGAAACAGCAGCCAUGGUCCAGGCUUUAAACUCUAACGAACCACAAGAGAAUACAACCAACGACGAAGAAGACCUUAACCUAGAUCCAGUUCUUGAUGAAACUGACACGGGUCCGAAGUCAGAGAUCGCGCGUUCUAAAGAAACAAGUACUGAGUGCAUUGAUAAGGAGGGGCAGCGCGGUGUUUGUGUAAACUACUACCUCUGUGACCAAGAAUCCAGGACAAUAAUAGAAGAUGGUCGCACGAUCAUAGAUGUCAGAUCGAGGGAAGAUUGCCAGGAAUUUCUCGAGGUUUGUUGUCAACGUAAUCAAGUUCUCCAAAAAUCCGCCAAACCUGAACUCAGCCCAUUACCGAAUGAAUUAGGACACGACGUAGUACGCAGCGAUGAGAAGCCGAAAGCGAGCGAAUGUGGUUGGAGUAAUCCUGGCGUGAACGUGUUCUUCACCCCCCGAAGUGGUGACGGAGGUGUUACCGAUGGCAAAAAGGUCUACGCUGACUUCGGCGAUUUUCCGUGGAUGGUAGCCGUGCUCAAAAAGAAACAAGCAGAGGAAAAAUGGGAGAAAAGCAACUAUAUUGGAGGAGGUUCGCUCAUCCAUCCGUCCGUGGUGAUGACAACGGCGCAUAAAAUUGCAGGCAAAAAGCCUGAAGACCUGAAGAUCCGCGCUGGAGAAUGGGACACCAAGUCACUAGAUGAAGAAUACGAACAUCAAGAAAAAACCGUUGCCAAGAUCGUUAUACAUCGAGACUAUUUCCGACCUUCUCUAUACAACGAUAUAGCGCUGCUAUUCCUGGAGGAGCCAGUCGAUUUAACAGACGCACCGCAUAUAGGCAUUGGGUGUCUCGGCAAACAGAUGCCACCGGCAGACACGAGCUGCUUCAGCAUGGGUUGGGGCGCAGAUAACUUCAACAACAAAUCUGUUUUCGCGCCGAUACUGAAAAAGGUGAAACUGCCGUUAGUAGAGCACAGUCAGUGUGAGGAGAUGCUCCAGAAGACAAGACUUGGUCGUCACUUCCGUCUCCACACGUCUUUAACUUGUGCAGGCGGUCAGGCUGGCAUCGACACAUGCAAGGGUGAUGGAGGUUCUCCCCUCGUCUGUCCGAUUGGUGUCGGUGGUUCGCGGUUUGCCAUCUUUGGCAUGGUCGCCUACGGAAUCGGGAAAUGCGGCGGGACUGAUAUUCCCGGUGUGUACGUGAACGUCCCGGAACUUUAUGACUGGGUGGAACAACAGCUCUACGCACAGGGCUACGAUGUCCACCCUUACGUUUAUUAAUAUAAAGCCUAAAUAGGAUCAGCAUAAUAAUUAUGAAAUUGUUUCUCAAAUAUUUUGCGCAUAAAUAAAUAGUUAC